UGCCGUUGCCGGCUCAGUCGCUGCUACAGUGUGGCCUGGUCGAGUGGUGGUGCCUGUCGAGGGUGCGCGCGCGCGUGUGUGCUGUUCACUCCACAUAUCUGUUGUUGUUUCUGCAAACGCGACUCGGACACACAGUGCGGACUGACUCGAUGAAGAAAAUCGCAUCCCUUUUGGACUAACGCCAAGCCGAAAGAGGUCAGAGGUCACGAUGAAGCCGAGAGUGAGUGGGAGGAGAGCGGCCGCGCUGCUAUUAAUCCUCUUCCCGCCCGUGCUGUGCGCCAUGGCCCUCGAGAAAGGUCGGCGUGAAGCGCCCCACCGGCAGUCCGAGUGGCAAAACCUGUGGUACUCCAAUUUUGAAGAGUUCCAGCGGAUGAACGAGCCAACCUUCGACAACAACACGAUCAGCAACGUGACGGUGCAGCUUGGCGGCUCUGCGUUUCUUCACUGCCGCGUUCGAAAUCUGGGCGAACGGACGGUGAGUGGCGAAAUUUCCUGGGUCCGUCGGCGCGACUGGCAUAUCUUGACUUCGGGAAUGUUCACGUACACAAACGACGAACGAUUCCAAGUUCUGCACGCCGAGGGUUCGGAUGACUGGACCCUGCAGAUAAAAUACGUGCAGAAGCGCGACAACGGAACCUACGAGUGCCAGGUGUCAACGGGCACUGGUAUCAUGUCGCACUUCGUCAAUCUGCACAUUGUGGUACCUGAGGCAUUCAUCCUCGGCAACGGCGAGCACCACGUCGACAUUGGCAGCACUAUCAGCCUUGUCUGCAUCAUUGAGAAGAGCCCGUCUCCACCGCAGUACGUGUUUUGGUAUCACAACGACCGAAUGAUCAACUACGACACCGCGAGGGGCGGCAUCUCCGUGGAGACAGAGCCAGGACCCAAGACGCACAGCCGCCUCAUAAUACGUGACGCCCACGACACCGACUCCGGCAACUACACCUGCAGCGCUUCCAACACGGAGCCAGCAUCCAUUUAUGUUUUCGUCUCUGAAGUUUCAGGAGACAAGCUGCCAGCUCUGCUGAGGAGGAAGACCAACUCUGGCGCCUCGACCGCGGACCUGGCGAUGACAGCGCUGUCGCUGAUGUGGUUACUCUUGUUUCCCAGUCUUGCAUUGGCCGCAAGAUAAGAGACUGACAGGCGAAGAUUAUAAAAGCCACUGCAGAGACUUUUCUAUUUAUAAAUUAGGCAGUACGCGCAAACACUAAAACACAAAUUCCACGGAUUCACCUGCAGCUUCAAGCGGUGCGAAAUCAAGCGCAGCAAAAUCAGCAAACAAGGAAAACGUACCUCCAUCGAAAAUCACUCUUUUAUACGCGCAACAAGUUUAAGAUGAGCGGAAGAAAUUUUAAAGAAGUGCAGCAUUUUUCAUUUCGACCAGGCAGCGUGAAUGGACUGCUGAAAUCUGAGAUUGUGAUUGAUUUACGGUUGAUAAGUGUACAUACAUACAUAUACUAGUAGGCGUAUUUUCCAUCGAGGACUCUAACUGUGUACAAUACGGAAGGAAGAAAACACGUGCUCACCGAACGGAGACUAGCUGUUGGCCUGAAACGGGCGGAUUGUUUUUUUUUUAAUGUGUUAUAACCGCGCCGCUGGCAGUGAAAAUUCUCAUCUCAUAAUGGUGCGAAACACUUAAGGACAAACUGUGGAACAAUUUUCGCGGAAAUUCGUUGAGGUUAAUUAAAUAGUCCUUAAUUAAAAGAGGUAGUCGCAUAGAAAUCGGCCCCGUGUCCAAUAUUCGAUCAAAUACGAGCGUCGAAACUAACCGAAUUUAUGAAAGAAACACAUUCGAUAUUUUCCAGAUUGUGAAGCGCAAGGUCGCAUUCCUGCCGGCUGCCUCUUUUAAAGACCAUCUUUGUUACUCAAUUAUUGUAUAGGGAGUUUAAAGAAAGAUUCAAACUUCGAGAAAAAAAUCACAAAAAUAUAUGACAAUUGAAAUCAGGGUGUUGAAGAAAACAAGAAAAUCAUGGCUCAUCAAUCUUCACAAUAUUCAACGUGUGCGAGAGAAGUGCGUAUCUGUGAAAUAUCACCUUUUCCAAUUUAAAAAGCAUACAUCCUUGGAUUUGAUUGCGUGAGCGGCUGGAAAUAAUAGUACCAUGGUGUGAGGAAAAACACGAUUGCUUAAUUUUUUCAUGCAGGUGACAAGUGUAGCGUGCAUAUUCACGUAUAAAAGUGCCAGCGAUGCACUUGACAAGAUAAUUUUUUCUUGCAACUUUUCACUCAACACAGUGUUUUACUUCUCGUGAAUGUGAGCUGAAAUGGACAAUCUCGAUGUUUUGACAAAAAAAAUCAUCUGUACACCACACUCUGGAAAACAUUUUGUGAAAAGCCUCAACUCUCGACUUAGAGCAGUUUCCUAUUAUUCAUGCAGGAUUGUUUACAACAAUUGAUUGUUUUUAUUUUCUUUGUGAGAAUGAGCAUAUUUUCAUAGAUCCUUUGUUUCUUACGAACUCUGCAGCAAAUUCGAUAAACUUUCACAUUAAAAUAAUCAGCGAAACCAAAAAUUUCGCUCUUUUUUUUUUUAAAAAAAAUAUCGUUCUUUGUUUGUGAAUUUCAAGAAUAAAUAAAACAUUUUAAUUUCGUGUUGAGUGCUGAGGAUUUUGGCUUUGAGGUGAAAAUGGUAGAGAAUAUUUCCUCCUUUGCAUGUUUCUGAGAAUCCGAUUGGAAUUCACGUUGCGUGAUUGCGAACAGAAUGCGACUUGAAGAAAAACAUCAGUCAUCCGGCGAGAGAGUGGGAAAACCAACGAAAAGAGGAUGAAGUGACGUGUGAUAAAAUCUGGCGAGUGAAUACCGAACACGAUGCUCUGUUUCAAAUUUAGCUCGCGCUAAGAGAGAAGAAAGUUUAUUCUCGAAUAACUCUACAUUUCAUUAUGUACGAGAGAAAAAGAGGAACAUGAGGAAGAGAUAAAUCAAAGUUCGCUCUGCUCGCGAGUGCGGACGGAAUAAAUAGCAGAGAGCGCGUGUCGCGAUGCUGGCAGAGCAGAUUUACGCAAUUUCAACCCUCUCUCGGUCGUCAGGCUCAUCUCAUUUAUGCGCGCGAAUGGCCCGAGAGGGAUUUUUGGUGGUGCGUGUGAGAUAUGCGUGAGGAGCCAAUUAUUUUUGUGUCUGCGUACGAAUGAAGAGAUCGUGUCGUGUGUCUCUCUCAAAGCAAAAUAGCAUUCUGUAUCGAAAUAAGAGAAAGAGAAAUUGCCCUCCACAUCCAUCGAUUACUUACCCUCAAAAUAACAAAAGUAAAUGACAUCUCCUUUAAAUUAUACAAAAAACGAAUAAAAAUUAAACAAAA